AUGAUUGGUAUUGAGCCUUCAUGCUACAAAGAAGCUCAAGGAAUUUUAAAAUGGGAGGAUGCGAUGCAAGAAGAACUUGCAGCCCUCAAGAAGUACAAUACAUGGGAGCUUGUGCCUAAGCCGAAAUACACAGAACUGGUAACUUCACACAAUUCUUGGAAUUUAUGGCAUUUUGAUGUGAAGAAUACAUUUAUCUAUGGUGAAUCAGAUCGAGAAAUCUUUAUGGAGCAUCCUGAUGGUUUUGUUUCUGAACAAUACCCUGAUUAUGUUUGUCGAUUGAAGAAGGUGUUGUACGAUGAUAUGAUAAUCACUGGAGACGAUGCUGCUAAAAUUACACGUAUCCAAUGUGAUUUAUCUAUUCGGUUUGAAACGAAAAACUUGGUAGAAGUUGGAUGUUUUCUUGGGAUUGAAGUGGGUUUAUGGAGAAACUUUGUGUUUCUCACUGGAUUGCUACAAAGGAAUUUUACAUUAUGUGAAAGGUACUUUGGAGUAUGGGCUUAUUACAAAGGGAGUAAAGAAUUCUCUUUGCGUGGAUUUGUUAAUGUAGAUUGGGCUGGUAAUGUGAAUGAUAGGCGCUCAACUACUGGGUAUUGUUUCUAUAUAGGUUCAACAAUAGUUUCUUGGUGCAGUAAAAACCAGUGUAUUGUGGAUCUUUCUAGCACUUAA